GCGGCUCCUUUUCACCGGGGAAACCCGUUUGAUCAGCGGCGCUCUCUUGCUUCGGUCCGUCAGCCACAGACGUGCCGCUUGCUGCUUUUCCUUUGUGAGAACAAGAUGGUUGAUGGUUUGAGAAAUCGAUACAGAUUGUUUAACCCUUAGGUACCGGUGAGGGUGCUGAUAGGUAGCUAUGUUCUCUCUCUCUCUCUCUCUUUCUUUCUAUUGGCUCUUAACUGUUCUGUUAACAUUCCACUCUGUUCAUUCAGAAAGCAUUUUCAGGACCUGUUGCUUUAGCUUUCUAAUCGUAUGAGUCGGCCAGUUUAUAGUUUGAAAAGCUUGUGUUUUUUUUAAAUACGUCAGCGGUGUAUUCAUCAGUAUUUCCCAGUGUGUGCAGGAUAUUGCAGGGUUUGCUCACUGGAGGCUUGGCUGCGCCCCCAGAAGAGAGCACAUCCAACACGGGGCCGGACCACAAGGGGCUGAAGCCACCUUACUGCCCCAAUCCGGAUUCCCUCCUCCCAAACCAACCUGCCCCUCGCUGCUCGACCCGCCCAGCCCACCACCAGUACCAACCCCCCCAUCCCUCCCUCCCUCCUGCAGUCACACACACACACUGUCUCUGCUCUGUCCCGCUGUGUGCCAGUCCCGCUCUGCCUCUCCACUCUCAGCUCUCUCCACUCGUCCUUUCUACAUCCCUCCACCGCUUCUCUUCCUCUUAUCACUGAUAGCAAGCCGGAUCUCGGGCCGCUACUUCCACCACCACCAAACUGCCCCCUGGAGAAUUUACUUUCACCUACUUUUUCUUUUUCAAUUCUGCUGUCCUGCACCUUCCCCUCCGGAGAGGCCGGUUGGUGCGUGUCUGGCGCGUGCGAGAGCUCCGGUGUCGCGCUCUUUGCCCCCCCCCCGAGGGAAUCCCUGGCGGUUGUCUGAGUCGGAGGAGAAGAACUUUUUUCGCCACGAUGAACGUUCAGCUGCUGCUGGUGUUGGCCCUGGUCGGCCCUUUCUGUGCCUUUACACAUGCAAGCCCCACAGAGAUCCCCAAAGACCUUGAUGAGAGCGACGGUGCCGUAGCAGACCUUGGACCUGCCGUUACAGAAGCUUCGGCAAUGGACUUGACUGUUACCCCUGACCCUCCUGCAACCGAACCAGAGACGUCCCCAGAAGAUGUUGCGGCAACGGAAGGAGCCGCGACAACGGAAGCAGCCGCGGCAACAGAAGCAGCCACGGCAACGGAAGCAGCCGCUUCAACGGAAGUUGUCACCGGGACGGCGCUCCCCAGCACUGCAUUGAAUACCGAAGACACUGUGAAAACGGAAGCCCCAGCUGCUUCUACUGCAUCACCAGAACCCAUAGUCACUGUAGUGGACAUAACAGACCCCAGUAACACAGCAGAGGGUGAAGUCCAGCCAACGGAAGCAGUGACAGAAAAAGCGGUGGUUGUUGAAGAACAGUCAGAUGAGGGCAUGAGCUCUGGCCAGGUAGUCGGGGUCGUGAUUGGCGCUCUGUUGGCAGUGGUCAUCGCCAUCGCCGUGGUGAUCGCUGUGGUGAGGAGGAUGGGAAAAUACUCCCCUUGAGGAAGAAGUCGGCCAAGCGGCGGGAGCGUUUAAAGUUCUGGAAAUCCUGAACUACUGAACUGUGACGUCAUUCACGACCAUUAAAACAAGCACCAUACCGUAACUAAACUAAUCUAACCAGCACUCUGGACUUUUGCCAAAUAGGGGGAGGGAGGCUAGUAUGUGUUAAUGUAUGAACUGUAUGUAUGUGAGACGAGGGGUACAUGAGCAGACAUCCUCAUCUUCCCUGUCGCAUCCCUCCCCACUGCUCCCCCGGAGAGAACAAAACAAGGUGACGGCAGGAUGUAGUUUGGAAUUUCAGGCCUUUUUUAAAAGCAUUUUGUUUAGAAAAAAAGAGAGAAAGGAAUGUAGAGGAUUAUCUGACCUUUAGGCAUAAAACGUAUCCCUCAAAGAAUGACCGAUGACACAAAUGGAUAUUACUGAAAAAACAAAAGGAAGUUAAUUACAAAUGGAAGGUGCCAGCAGUAGAAAUUGCUCCAAAUUCCACAGAAUGUAUAUAUACCACGCAAGGGGACUACAUAGCACACAGCUAAUGACUUUCUCAUAUGUUGCAGUUGCAUAGGCGAGCGUUUGUUAUUAUAGAAUACACAGUACAUACAGGCAGGCUGCUGUUGUGGCUACCAGAACUUUUAAAGCAACCCUGAGCACCAGUUAAAAUAUUUUCUCAUGUAGCCAGAAUCCCUGAUAUGUCGGCCAACCGUCUGCAGCACCGUGUGCACGAGUUGUUUUGACACAGCGCGCCCAUGAGCGCUGAGGGCGAGCACGCAGCGAACGGGAAAGAAAAGGCACCCUCGUUUGCAAGAGCAACGUGACAUUCUGCCCACUUUAACACUGACGUAUAAAAACCUAAUACAUAUCUGUGAAAUUCAGCAGAAGGGUUUGUGCCACUGUCUCUGGUAUUCUCUAGGUAGUUUGGAGGACUUUAACUUUUGAAGUGCAUUAUUAAUGUGAAUUGACUGUACCUUUUUAACUGCCACCCAUUCCAGACAGAACAGCUAGUAUGACUUGUUCCAUAUUAAAGCUUACGAAACAGCCCUUGGUUAUUAGACAUAGUGAUAGCAUUGUCUUGAGAAUGUCUUCAUAGUACUUUUGUUAAUAGUUAGAUUACCAGAACAGCAAACCGGUCCUUAAAAUGAGCUAACCCCCCCGAUUGCGUGCACAGGUUGACAUUUUAUAGUUUCACUUAGUUUUAGUACACAGUAUUAGGCAGUAAUGCCCUAUUUUGUUAUUGUUGCAAUUGUAAGUGUGCCGAAUGGGUGUACAAAUAAUGAAGUCUCAGCUUCGCUCUGCUUGCUUUACAAACUCGUUUAACAUGUGCACUCAAUGAGUGAUGUAAUGUUUAAUGAAUAGGUUUUAGACACUGCAAAAGUUUGCAACGACAUGUCUUUGUUUCCUCUCCUCAGCUUUGCCACGUACCAUCAGCUCUAGGUUUAAUUUGUGCCAUUGGAUCUAUUCAAACCCUUUUAUUUAAUUGCAGUGUUUUUGUUCAUACUGUUUCAAUAAUAAACUGAAAACACUCUUAAAAAAAA